AUGCGCGAGAUUGCUGACCUUAUCAACCACGCCUUGUUAGAGCCUCUUGAAGAGAACCGCCUGUCUAACGAGAUUCCCAAGCUCCCUCUAGAAGAUCAGUCUCCAAAGCAUCUAGUGGUUGCGGAGUAUGACAGGCGGUCCGGACGGUAUUCCUAAUUGGAUAGUAAGGGAGUAUGCGGAAUUUCUCGCCUAUCCUGUCUCAAUCAUUCUAAAUGCCUCUUUCAAGGAACAGUAGCCACCGAGACCCUGGAAAUUGGCAGACGUCACUCCUUUACCCAAAACCAAGCCUGUUAAGGAGAUCAAGAAAGAUCUGAGUCCUAUAUCGUUAACACCGAGUAUCUCUAAGGUCGCAGAGGACUCUGGCGUCACAGAGCACGUAAAGCCAGCUGUACUGCGCUCUCUGGACCCAAGCCAGUUUAAUGCGAUACCGAAGUCUUCGACAACUUUUGCCCCGUUGGAGAUGCUCCACUAGUGGUCUCAAGGGACUGAUGGAAACGGUUCGACUAUCAAGGCACUCCUGUUUGAUUACAAGAAAGCAUUUGAUCAAAUUGACCGUAGUAUCUUAG